AUGCGCUCGAAAAUAUUUGAUGAUGCCGAGCUCGAACGACUACGACGUGAGGCCAUUUCCUCAUCUAAUGAAUUGGCUACGGCUGAGGAUGCGGCUCCUCAGGCGACAGACCAGCAUCCACGCGUGGAAGCCGCCAUGGAUCUUCCAGUUGGGUUUGAUUCGGACGAUGAUGAAAUGGUCUCCCACGAACUAGAGCAAAUGAGGAGUAUAUUGGUAGAGGCGAUUUUGGAAACGCGCAGCAUGCCUCUCGAAAAUCGACCGCGACUUCCCCGCAUACCCCUUAGCAAGCGAAAUCGGGCUGUCGUGAGGGCUCUUAACCCAAUGCUGGUAACCUAUUUGGAAGCCAGCCGGGACCUUUGCGAGACGGACUCAGUUCUUUUUGGCGCCGCAGUGGCAGCUUGCCGUAUAAUUGGCGCCAAAAUUCCCAUGGCUGGACGCGCUACUAAACAAAGUAGCGCCAUCCCAGCCUGGAGAAAAAGAAUUGAGAACCGUAUCGCAAAGGCAAGGGCCCUUAUCGGCAGACUGACAAGCUUCAGGUCGGGUAAUAAUAGACCGAGGGUUGUGCGCACCGUUAAAAUGGCGCUGGGAAGUCAGUUUGUCCCAGCAGGAUAUCACGCAGAAACUAACGGAGCGCAUAGAGAACCUGAAGCAAAAGAUCGCUGCUUGGGGGAAGCGGAUUCGACGAUUUACCGAGAGGUCAAGGCGGUUCAACCAGAAUCGUCUCUUCCAGAGUGA